AUGACCGACAGCAUGACGGAGGAGAUCCUCUUCUCGCUCGCGCGCACGUUCUAUCCGUUGGCCAGCAGCGAGCAACCAACAAAGCGCGCGCUAACCAGCGAAGACAGCGGCUCCACAUCGGACGAGGCGGCACCGAAGAAGAAGAAGAAGGGCAGGACGCCCAGCCAUGUAGCCAAGAGGGAGGAGAAGAAGCAUUUACUCAAGGAAUUAGCAUUCCUGGAGACUCGAGCGGCGUUACUUCGUAAAGACGCAGGGAUUCCAGACCCGAAGGAGGUGGCAGCUACUGAGCACCAAGUUGAGGUUAACCGCCAGUUGAAAGAAGCGAUUCAAAUGCAACAGAACGCGAUGGCUGCAGCUCAGUCGGCUUUUGCAGAAUUUUCAACUCUGCGAGGACACAAUCCUUUGGAAAGUUAUAUCCAUCUGAGCAAGGAUCCUUCUGCACGACGGUCGCAAGUUUGCGCAUUGAAGCACCAGUACCUGCAAUGUGCGAUGCAGUUUUUGAAGCAGCGAAUGGAGCUGGCAACCAAUCCGAAUCGACCUUUCUACGAGGAGUCCGGGCACUUGACGGAUGAAGGACAUUACAUCGCUACACGGCUGGACGUGCACCAGUUUGUAGGUGUACAGAGUGUCAAGCAAGUGUUCGACGCGUUGGAAUUUUACUUUUUCAACCUGGAAAUCACCACAACUGAACUGGGUGAGGACCUGACAAUCAGAGAAGAUUCGAACGACCUGGAUAAUUCGAACGACCUGGAUAGUAGCAAGAACCCCAUGCUACACCAUCGUCUAGUCACUAUGCUGUCCAACGGACUUAUGGUCGAGAAGAAUGCCAUCAAAUUCUUUCAGUACGAGGAUGAUGGAGAAGGGUCAAAUGGUAUCAUGGCUACAGCUCCUGUCGACGAGGACGACCUCUAUCCGUACGCUCCAUUGGAGCGUCUUCGCAAAGACGUCACUGCUGCAAUGAAAAUCUCGUCAUUUGCCCGAAAGAAGAAAGGGAAAACAGAUGAGGAGCUUGUUGUAGUCAUGACACGAUGGUUUCGAGUGAAGCUGCAUCACUCGGAGCUGGAAAUUCCUCCACGCAUGCUGCAGGACGUUCAACGCAGCGUCACACACUUCACGGACAACAUGGUUCACAGUAUGAAUCAGUCCCUUUACGGUGCACCAUGAAAAUGUCAAAAACUGUAUGCAUGUUUAUGCUGAAUUUCUG